AUGCGUCUCCUCAGCUUCAUUGUGGCCAUUGGAGCCGAGAGACGUAUGCCUGCUCGAGCCCAAGUAUCCGAAUGUGCAUCGGGAUACGAAUGCAUACUCCCCAAUAGUCCACGCGGUAAGAAUGCGAAGAAAGCACCAACCAACGACAGAAGCCCAAACAUUGUCGACGUAGUGGAUCUCUUCUGGGCUCGUCUGCUACGCCGAGACGAGCCUGCAUUGCAAUUCUCCAUCCUCUUACAAUCCCACGUUCACACGAUAGCACGAGCAGCCACUCAGCUCAAAGAUACCAUCACUCUAUCAAGGAAUGGAGAACGGCCAAGUUUCAGCAAUGUACACGCCAUGCCAGGAAAGCCGGUUGCAAACGCCCCGGCAAUUGCUGCCACGUAUCGCCCAGUUCGCUCUAGACCAUGA